AUGGGUGAUAAGGGCUCUCUAGGCGAGUCUGCUGGGUCUGAAAUAGAGCAGGUUCAUGGUGAUGAGCAUACUCGGGGACUGCAGACAGUUGAGGUCUACAGGACAGCUGUCGAUCCCAAACAUGCGAGUAAACUAAUAAAAGCUGUGUGUCAGCAGUAUCCAUUAGAGGACCUUGCGCAUCUCAAACGGGUAAAGAAAGAACAGUCUGAUAAUGGUACAAUUUUAUCGGUUCUCCUUGCACCAACAAACUCGUCCACUCAGCCUGAACUAGAACAGUUUUUGUCUGAUAACGAGAUUCCUUAUGGACCUAUAAGCACUUCUCAGGUGUCCCGUUAUGCUGCUGUCACUCGUGAGCAGUUUGACGAAUGGAAGCAACUUUGGCCCAUGAACUUCCACCCACAUUCUGGCAAGGAAAACGUUUCGUUGACGCAAGAGGAAGUAGCAAGCGCACAAACUUGGAUGCGACAUGCGUUGGAAGAAUCCAAAGUAUUGCGAGCACAAGGCAAAAUCGUGAAUGUAGCCAUUAUAGUUGCCCCGAUCACCAACUCUAAAAUUGCAUCGUCGACCGAUACCCGUAACGAUCACCCACUCCACCAUGCCGUCAUGAAUUGUAUCGCCCUUGUCGCCGAAAGAGAGCGCAAAAAGCGCGAGAGCGAAUCGACAAUCGCAGAUAGUGGGAUCCACGAAGAUUGUAAUGGUGAACUUGCAAAUUGCACCAAACAAUUUGUUGGAACAGGAAAGAGGAGAAAGCUAAUGGACGGCGAAGCCGAGAGUCGUUUGCUGACCGUUGUAAAUCCUGCAGCUGGAGCAGAUAAAUCAGGCUAUCUUUGUAGCGGUCUUGACCUAUAUCUUAUAAACGAACCCUGCGCCAUGUGUUCUAUGGCAUUAGUGCAUUCUCGUAUUGCCCGCGUGUUUUACGCAAUUCGUCAGUGCCACGGAGGCCUGGGUAGUGCUUACAAGAUUCACGUUCACCCGUCCCUGAAUCACCAUUUCAAAGUUUACCGCGAUCUGUGCAAAGCGGAAGCAUUGGCCGCUAUAGGGGAGGUGACUCAAAGCUGA